UACAAACAAGUACACUCUUCCAUCUCUCUCUCUAACCAUAUAAAACGGGAGGGAAGCCUAAAACAAUUUUCAAAGUCUCUCUCUCUCUCUAAAACCCCUUCUGCUUUGAAUUGAAGCUGUCUUUUCUCAUUCUGAAUCAUCUCUCUCUCUCUCUCUAUAUAUAUAUAUAUAUAUCCCUCUCUACUAUCGUUAUUUUAUCUCUGCACGAGCUCUCCGACCACUGAGACUAGGGUUUGCUCUACUUCCGUUAUCGUACAGUCGUGCGCUAGGGUUUUUGUAUAAGCGAGGAUAGUGUUUUUGGGGGUUAGGGUUCAAUCAAGGUAACUGCUGAUCUCCGCCAUGGCUGCGGAGAAGCUGCGUGAUUUAAGUCAGCCGAUGGAUGUCGCCCUGCUCGACGCCACCGUCGCCGCUUUCUAUGGGACCGGAUCCAAAGAGGAGAGGACGGCUGCAGACCAUAUCCUACGGGAUUUGCAAAAUAAUCCAGAUAUGUGGCUUCAAGUGGUUCACAUACUAUCUAGUGCACAGAAUUUGAAUACCAAGUUUUUUGCUUUACAGGUUCUAGAAGGUGUUAUUAAAUAUAGAUGGAAUGCGUUACCAGUUGAACAACGGGAUGGCAUGAAGAACUAUAUUUCUGAAGUUAUAGUUAAGCUUUCUAGUGAUGAGAUAUCUUUCCGGCGCGAGAGGCUUUACGUUAAUAAGUUGAACAUUAUAUUGGUCCAGAUCUUGAAGCAUGAGUGGCCAGCCCGGUGGAGAAGUUUUAUCCCUGACCUGGUUGCAGCAGCAAAAACAAGUGAAACCAUUUGUGAGAAUUGCAUGGCAAUUCUGAAACUUCUUAGUGAAGAGGUGUUUGACUUCUCAAGGGGUGAGAUGACCCAACAGAAGAUUAAAGAGUUGAAACAGUCUUUGAACAGCGAGUUCCAGCUUAUUCACGAACUAUGUUUAUAUGUACUUUCGGCAUCUCAAAGAGCUGAGCUUAUCAGGGCUACCCUGGCUACAUUGCAUGCUUUCCUUUCCUGGAUUCCUCUAGGAUAUAUAUUUGAAUCACCACUGCUUGAAACACUGCUAAAUUUCUUCCCUGUGCCCGCUUAUCGCAAUCUUACGCUACAGUGUCUGACUGAGAUUGCUGCUCUUAGUUUUGGGGAUUUUUAUAACAUGCAGUAUGCCAAAAUGUAUACUGUAUUCAUGGUGCAAUUACAGAACAUCCUUCCAUCUAAUACAAAUUUCGAAGAGGCUUAUGCAAAUGGCGCUAGUGAGGAGCAGGCAUUUAUUCAAAACUUGGCGUUGUUUUUUACAUCGUUUUACAAGGCUCACAUACGAGUCCUUGAAUCUUCACAAGAGAACAUAAAUCUUCUGCUUGUUGGUCUUGAGUAUCUUAUUAACAUAUCUUAUGUGGAUGAUACUGAAGUUUUUAAGGUUUGCUUGGACUAUUGGAACUCCUUAGUUUUGGAGCUGUUUGAAGCACACCAUAACUUGGAAAAUCCUGCUGGAAACAUGAUGGGUUUCCAGAUGCCUAUGCUUUCGGGUGUGGUCGAAGGACUUGGUUCACAACUCAUGCAGAGACGACAACUUUAUGCUGCCCCAAUGUCGAAGUUAAGGCAACUAAUGAUAUCCCGCAUGGCUAAGCCUGAAGAAGUUCUCAUUGUUGAGGAUGAAAAUGGGAAUAUAGUCCGUGAAACUAUGAAAGAUAAUGAUGUGCUUGUUCAGUAUAAGAUAAUGAGGGAAACAUUGAUCUAUUUGGCAAAUCUUGAUCAUGAGGAUACUGAAAAACAGAUGCUCAGGAAAUUGAGUAAACAACUUAAUGGAGAGGAUUGGACCUGGAACAAUCUCAAUACCUUGUGUUGGGCCAUUGGAUCUAUUUCAGGGUCGAUGGGAGAGGAGCAGGAGAAUAGAUUUUUGGUGAUGGUCAUUCGUGAUUUAUUGAACCUCUGCGAAAUCACCAAGGGGAAGGACAACAAAGCUGUCAUUGCUAGUAAUAUCAUGUAUGUGGUUGGGCAGUACCCUAGAUUUUUAAGGGCCCACUGGAAGUUUCUGAAAACUGUUGUGAACAAGUUGUUUGAGUUCAUGCACGAAACUCAUCCAGGAGUUCAGGACAUGGCAUGCGAUACAUUCUUAAAAAUUGUUCAGAAGUGCAAGCGUAAAUUUGUCAUUGUACAGGUUGGAGAGAAUGAGCCAUUUGUUUCAGAGCUUUUAACUACUCUUCCUGCGACCAUUGCGGAUCUUGAGCCCCAUCAGAUCCAUUCAUUUUAUGAAUCUGUGGGCAACAUGAUUCAAGCAGAACCUGAUCCUGACAAGAGAACUGAAUAUUUACAGAGGUUGAUGGAACUUCCUAACCAGAAAUGGGUUGAAAUCAUUGGCCAAGCGCGCCAGAGUGUGGAUUUCUUGAAAGAUCCAGAUGUUAUAAGAGCAGUGCUUAAUAUAUUGCAGACAAAUACCUGUGUUGCAAGCUCCCUUGGAACAUAUUUCCUGACCCAGAUCUCUCUAAUCUUCUUGGACAUGCUCAAUGUGUACAGAAUGUAUAGUGAGCUCAUUUCAACCAGUAUUGCCCAAGGAGGGCCUUACGCAUCCAGGACAUCAAUUGUGAAACUUCUGCGCUCUGUGAAGAGGGAAACCCUAAAGCUUAUUGAGACAUUUCUAGACAAAGCUGAAGAUCAACCACUUAUUGGAAAACAAUUUGUGCCUCCAAUGAUGGACCCUGUGCUUGGUGAUUAUGCCCGGAACUUGCCUGAUGCAAGGGAGUCGGAAGUUCUCUCUCUUUUUGCCACCAUAAUUAAUAAAUAUAAGGGGGCAAUGCUUGAAGAUGUUUCUAAGAUAUUUGAAGCUGUUUUCCAGUGCACUCUAGAGAUGAUAACAAAGAAUUUUGAAGACUAUCCAGAGCAUAGGCUGAAAUUCUUUUCACUUCUUCGAGCAAUUGCUACACAUUGUUUUCCUGCUUUGAUUCGUUUGUCCAGUGAGCAACUGAAGCUUGUGAUGGAUUCAAUCAUUUGGGCUUUCCGUCACACUGAGCGUAAUAUUGCUGAAACUGGACUCAACCUUUUAUUAGAGAUGCUAAAGAACUUUCAGGCAUCCGAGUUCUGUAAUCAGUUCUACAGGACAUACUUUUUGACAAUUGAACAAGAAAUAUUUGCUGUUUUGACAGACACCUUUCAUAAACCAGGUUUUAAGUUGCACGUAUUGGUGUUACAGCACCUAUUCUGCCUGGUUGAAUCUGGUAUGUUGACUGAGCCUCUGUGGGAUGUUGCCACUGUUCCAUAUCCUUAUCCAAAUAAUGGCAUAUUCAUUCGGGAAUACACAAUUAAACUUUUAAGUACAUCCUUCCCCAACAUGACAGCUGCUGAGGUGACACAAUUUGUGAAUGGACUUUUUGAGUCUAGAGCGGAUUUGUCCUCGUUCAAAAACAAUAUAAGAGACUUUCUUGUGCAAUCUAAAGAAUUUUCAGCUCAGGAUAACAAAGAUCUUUAUGCCGAGGAAGCUGCUGCCCAAAGAGAAAGGGAACGACAACGCAUGCUCUCGAUACCAGGACUUAUAGCUCCCAAUGAGAUACAAGAUGAGAUGGUCGACUCAUAACUGCCAGAUUUUGCAGCCAAGGCAAUUUUGAGGAAUUUUUAACUCCAAUAGGUUUAAAACCCCCUUUUGAUUCCAGAGCCGUACACUUCUAAAGCUUCCAUCUGUAUUUUUUGCUCAAUUUUAUUCAUCUCCCCAGAAUAUUUUCAGUGUGGAGUAGUGAAGAUGCUGAGGCCACGAGCUGCAACACUUUGCUACUGAAGAAAACUAGGUGGUGGUUGUGUAGAGUAUAUUAGAUUCUAAUUUAGGAAUAUAGGUUGUAAUGCAGGACGAUUUUGAACAAGUUGUCCUUGGCAACCCGCCAUUUGGCGUUACUGGUUUCUAAUGUAUACAAAAUUAAUGGGUUGUGUAGAAAAAUCCUGUUUUUCUUUUUGUUCAUUUUUUUAUAGAACCAUUGUUUGUUUCUCAACUUGUGAUAGGUUUUAUAUUUCUAUAUGGCUUUUUCUUUUUCUUGAUUAUGACUUGUAAGUUGUAUUGGAGUACAGAUAUUCUUUUCCUGAGCUUCUUUAUGAGUUUAUUAUUAGAGUUGAGUUGAUGAGAUUCAUUUUA